GUGGAUGGAUAAAAAAAAAAAAGUGAUAAAAUAUGAAAGAUUAGGAAUCCUCAAAUGCAGGAGACAAAGGCAUGUUUUUGGCAUAAUUUUAGGGGGAAAAGGAGAUUUAUUAGCUAAUAAGAGAGAGAUAGGUUGUGUUGUGCGCCGGAAGGGAAUUGGAAUUGGCAUUUGAGAAUUGAAGAGGCGAAAUACCCAAAGGCCAAAGCAGCAAAAGAAAAUCAGAAAAAGAAAAGAAAAAAUUAAUUAAUUAAUUUCUUUUUGGGUGAAUGAUAUCUGGCUGGAAAGUAGCUGCCAACGACACAGAGAAGUAUAACAACAAAACAACACACUUUUAUUUAUCCCUCUCGCUCCUCAGACUUGACCUUGACCCUCUCCCUCUCUCUCUAACCUGGGGUUUUGCCUUGGCCCUUCACCUUCACCUUCACCUUCACCUUCACCCCAUAAAAUAUGUUGUUUCUUUCUAUGGAAACAGGGGCAACCAUUCAAUUUUCUUUUCUCCUCUGUCUUUAGAUUUCUGGGGAUUGCUUUUUUUGGGGGCCGGGCCAUGGAGUUGUUUUUCAGGUUGUUUUGUUUAAUCCUCAUCGGAAUUUGUUUCACUUGGUUGUUGCGGAUUGUUCUAUUCAGGACGGGGUUGAUUUUCCUGGUCAAAAAAUGGUGGAGAAAUCUACAAGAUUGUUUCCAUGUUUACCAGUCUUUGAGAAUCCCGGAAUUCAAUGAGAGCUCCCAGAGGAAUCUCUUGUAUUGGAAAGUCUCUGCCUAUCUCAGUUCCUUGUCCUCUCUCGAGGAUUCCGAUUUCACCAAUCUCGUCACCGGGAAGAAGCCGAAUGACAUCCUUCUCCGAUUGGAUUCGAAUCAGACCGUCGUGGACGAAUUUUUGGGGGCCAGAUUGCUGUGGACGAAUGAAGAAAACGGUAGCAGGAAUUUUGUGUUGAAAAUUAGAAGGGCUGAUAAGCGACGAAUCCUCCGCCCCUAUCUUCAGCACAUUCAUGCACUAACCGCGGAUGAGAUUGAGCACAACAAGGGGGAUUUGAGGCUUUUUAUGAAUUCGAAAUUCAACAAUCAAUCGCAUACAAGGUGGAAGUCAAUCCAAUUCAACCAUCCCUCCACCUUUGAAUCGAUUUCCAUGGAGCCAGAUCUCAAAGAAAAGGUCAAAUCCGAUCUCGAAUCGUUUCUCAAAUCAAAACAAUAUUACCACAAAUUAGGCAGAGUAUGGAAACGGAGUUACCUUCUAUAUGGCCCUUCCGGAACCGGAAAAUCGAGCUUUGUUGCCGCCAUGGCGAAUUUCCUCUCCUACGACGUUUACGACAUCGACCUAUUCAAAGUCUCCGAUGAAUCUGAUCUCAAGCUUCUUCUGCUGCAGACCACCAGCAAGUCGAUAAUCGUCGUCGAGGAUCUCGAUCGGUUUCUGAUCGAGAAGUCGCCGGCGUUGAGUCUAUCGGCGUUGCUGAACUUCAUG